GCCUUUCCUUUAAUUUUUCUUUUCGCCCUCCGGCGCCUUCUCCCUCAAUUUUUGUCCACUUUAAAGAAUUUUUAUUUUCCAAUAGAGUUGUUUUCUACUUCUUUCUUAGACUUCCGCGCACACACACGUUCCUCCAAAUUAAUUCCUUUUUUUCUUCACACACACUCAACUAAAAAUAUAUUUUUAUCCCAAAUGAUUUUCUUUGAUUUUUAAAAAAGUUUGUGUUGAUUUGUUGUGCUGCUUUUAACUUAUUUUUAAUUAAAAAAUGUUAUUAUUAUUUAAAAUUUUAAUAAUUAUUUUUUAUUUAAAUACAACAAAUUUAUUUGCAUUAAUUAAUAAAAGAACAAAAUGUGCUAUUGAAUGUUAUAAAAAAUGUUCAGAAUCAGGAACUCCCCAAUCUGUUUAUUGUAAUUGUCCUUUUACAGAAAAUGAUAAUUGUGAUGAUGAAAAUAUUAAUGAAGAAUUAUUUAAAGAAAAAACAAUUGAAAAUUUAAUUGAAUUUAAAAGUGGAUAUACAAAUAUUAGAAUUAUUUGGGUAAAUGUAAAUCCAAUUCCAAAUGCUUUUAUUUAUAUUUUUGAAAUUUCUUUUCAAAGUAUUUCCAUUCCUGUUUGGAUUUUUGCUGGCGCUUCUUCUUCUCCAAAAAUUAAUUUUUCAAUACCGGAUGCUUGUAGAGAUUACCAAUUUCGUUUAAUUACUGUUUUACGUUCAACAGAUCCUAAAACGAAUUUAAUUGUUUUUAGAGGGCAAAAAAUACGUGUUGAAUUUCCUCCUUUUGUUGUGGCUGAGGAAAAUAUUCAUUUGGAUCGUCCAAAACAGUCAAAUGAUGGACAAACUUUACAUUCUUCAGUAAGUUGGCAACAUCCAUCUGGUUACGAAGAUACAGAUAUUUAUGGUUAUUCUCCACCUACAGCUUACCCAAUUAGUUGUCAAACACCUGAAGAAAAAUUAAGUCAACCAAGAUUAGAAUUAAUACAGGGAGGGGCUCGUUUACAUUUUGCAUUGCCAAUUGAGGCUUUAAAUGAUAAAUGUAAAAUAUAUAUGGAAAUUAAAAUAUGUGUUAGAAUUAAACCAUUUGAUAUUCAAAUAUCAACAGAAAUUGAUUGCCAAAAAUUCCCUAAUUUACAAUAUUGCAAGAAAGAAAACGGCCCUCAAUGUACUGAAGUUGUUGAUUUGUGGGGAAGAAAUGAUGGAAGGGCUACAGUUGUUUGGCAAAAACCAAAUGCCGUCAAAAAUACUUAUCCAAAUUAUUAUAUUGUUAAUUGGGGGCCAACACAAAAUUCUGUAGAAAUUUUAUAUUUUUCUAAACAAAUUUAUUUUUUUUACAAAAAGGGUUCUUCUUCUUUCAAUCGAAAAAUAAUUAAUGGUCAACAUAUUAAAGUUCCCGGAAAUAUAACAAAAAUAGAAUUAACCCCUCAAUGGGGUAUUCAAUAUGGAUUACAAAUUUGUGCUUUUUAUGACGAAAAAGAAGAUAAUAAUAAUAAUUUACAAAUAAAUCCAUUUAAUAUUUCCCCAAUAAUUCCAUUUUAUUGUAAUCCCUGUGCUGCACCCGAAUUAAAAUCUAAUGAAAAUCCUAAUCAAGAAAGGUGUAUUGAAUGUACAAAAAUUGAACAAAGACAAAGCCCUUCCAAAAUAUUAAAUUCUCCAAAUUACUCUUCUUCUGUUGAUUGUGUAGGGCCAAUAUGUGCUUCUUCUAAUUAUACAUCUACACAUUUUAUUUCUUCUGGAAUUGUUUCAAUGGAUAUUUUUGGUUCUAAUAUUAAUUCUAAUUUUACUGAAAAAGAGAAGAAUGAAACAGAAAAUAUUAAAGAAAUAAAUGAAGAAGAAAAUGAGGAAGAUGAUAAACAAAAUUUUGAACAAAAUAAUUGGAAAGAAAAAGAAAAACAAUUAUUAAGACAAUUACAUUCAAAAACAUUACCAAGAAACCCAAUUUCUUUAAAUAAAGAAGAAAAUGAAGAAGAGGAAUUAUUGUUAAGUGAAAAUGUUGAAUUAUUUGUUGAAACAACAACAACAAACAUUAAAGAAGAAGAAGGAGAAACAACAACUACUACUACAACAACAACAAAUUCAGUUAAUAAGGAAAUAAAUAAAACAACUACAAAACAAAUAUUCGAACCAACAAAUAAAUUGGAAGAAAAAAUAAAUAAAAAUAAUUUAAUUGUUGAUAAUAAUGUUACAAUAAAUACUAAUGUUGAUUUGAUAAAAGAAGAUAAUAAUGAAAUAAAAAUAAAUAAAGAUAAAUUAGCAACAAAUAAAAAUAUAUCUACUAUAAAUAAUAAUAAUACAAACUUAAAUUUGGCAAAUAAUUCUUCAUUUCUACCUGAAAAUUUAAAAAUAAAAAUACCAAAAAUAACAACAAAAUCAGUAUAUUAUUCCUCUACAGAAAAAACAAAAGAAAGUACAACAGAAUUAUUAAAAGAAAUAAAUAAAGAAGGAAGAGGUGGGGGAGGAGGGGGAAGUUCUCGUUCACCUUUAGAUCCAAAAAAAUUAAUUUUGGCUGGGCCUAUUUUCUUUUUUCUUGGAUUGAGUUUUGGAUUAAUUCUUUUAUUUACUUUUUGUAUUAAUCGUCGACGUCAAAAUGUUACUAGAGAGAAUUUCCAUCACCAUAAUAAUCGUCGUCACCGUCAUCCACUUCCAAAUUUUAAUACUUCAUUAACUCCCGUAAUUAAACAACAACAAAAAACAAAUAAUAUAUUAAUAAAUAAAAAAUACCCAACAAGUAGUGUAUUAGCUACUAGAACAGCAAUUAAUUGUGGAGGAGGAGGAGGGGGUGGAGGUGGGGGAGGGGGAGGAGGUGGAGGGGGUGGAAUUAAUAAAAAUUCUGUUGGACAAAUAAUUCAACAAAAUCAACAAACAAAUAAAGAAUAUUCUUCUUGUUCUUGUGCAUCUACUGCCUCAGCAAUAUCUUCCUCUAUUGUCACACCAACUACUUCAACAAAUAUUUCCGUUUCUACUCAAAAACAACAACAACAAUCAUUGGCAACAAUUGCCCACAAACCUAAAGUUAUUUUUAGUUACCAUAUAUACUGGAUUAAUUACUCCCUCUCUCAAAUAAUUACCCCCUCCAGGUUGAGAUUGAGUAAAGCAGCUGGGGUAUAG